GAAUUUCGCACUUGGGCUCGCACCCUUCUGGCCGUUGCUCUGUCGCGCAGUCACAUCCGUCGAACAACCACACUAGAUCUUCAAGAUGGCUCCCGCACGCAAGAAGUGGUCCAAGGGCAAGGUUAAGGACAAGGCCCAGCACGCCGUUGUCCUCGAGAAGCAGACUGCCGAGAGACUGAACAAGGAUGUCCAGUCCUACCGUCUCAUCACCGUCGCCACCCUCGUCGACCGUCUGAAGAUCAACGGCAGCUUGGCCCGCAAGGCUCUUGCUGACCUCGAGGAGAAGGGCCAGAUCAAGAAGGUUGUCGGCCACUCCAAGAUGAACAUCUACAGUAUGUUACACCAAUACCCGUGACGACCUCGGAAUUCGAUGGUUAUGAUGGACGAUUUCUAAUCCGAUCUUUUUUCUUCCUUGCAGCCCGCGCCGUCACCGCCGAGUAAACGUUUCCUCAUCAGUUCUUUUUCUCGCGGUCCCUUUUCACUUUUCUACGAAUGAUAUCUCUCAAAAUUCGGAAGUUUGGCUGGGCGAAUGAUGUAUAGUGGUUCGAAUCAAUCAAUUUCGGAGUGAACGAACAAAAAUACGCGCUACAGGACGUGCCCAGUAAAUCCGAUCAUAAGACUAAGCUCGAG